AUGACCAAGACAUCAUUAGAGCUCGAUGACCCUCUGUCUGAUCACAGCAUUGCUAAACCACCAGCAGAGGCUGAGGUUUUGUCAAGUGAUGUAGUUACAGAGAAAAGAUCUGAUGAGGUGUUUGAUCAAGGACUCUUAAUGGAGAAAAUUCACAGUCCAAAAGCAAAAUCUGCCAAAAAGAAAAAAUCUAAGAACUUAGUUAAAGCUGAUGAUGACCAUGAGCAGAUGUUUACGAAACACCUGACAGAAUUGUCUGAGUACACAACCACAACUUUCAAAGAUGCACAAGAAUCAUCUGACCCUACUACUUUAACACAAAAAGAAGCACAAGAACCACUAGAAUUAUGUGAUCGUAUCGUUACAACUUAUGAAGACACACAAGAGUCAUCUGCAUACAGAGAGACUCAAGAAUCAUCUGACCUUAUUACUAUAACACACAUGGAAGCACAAGAAUCACUUGAGUCAAAUGGCUGUAUCACUACAACAUACAAAGAGACUCAAAAUUCAUCCACGUACAGAGAGGCACAAGAAAUAUCCACAGACAGAGAGACACAAGAGUCAUCUACAUACAAAGAGGCACAGGUAUUCGAUGAAGACCAUUCACCUCUUCUGUCUCCAGAGUCUCUAUCUGUUGAUGUACACCCAUCAGUGUCUGCACAGCAUCAUAUACCUUCAUCCUUAGCAGAAUGUUCAGUGCCAGGCUAUAGUUUGACUUAUGAUGCUGAACUUUGGAAGCUCAUCUCUCAAAUCCGUGACCCACAGUAUGUUGGAGAAACAUUUCUUCAUAAGACUGUCAUGUUGCAGUUUACAGGGACAAGAAUUGAGUCAAAUCAGAUAGAACACGAUGUGACACUAGGGGAGAAAGAAGCUGCCUUGCAAAGAUCACUCUCACCAGACUCUGAAUCAGAAUUCAGACCGAUGUCACCACAGUCCCUGUUGGCAUUGCAUAAAUCUAGACCAGAUUCUUCCAACUCAGGGAGAUCUGUGGACAGUCAGCGGGCUUUAGCACCAGAUUCUCCAACUCCUCAGUUCUUUGCCUCUAUAUCUGAACCCUCUCAUCUUUAUCACAGAUCAGAGUCAACAGUUUCAGUGUGGUCAGAUCUAGAGACUGAUUUGAAUGUGUUAUUUCUUUGUGAUGACAGACCAGCCUCUCCUGAUUCAGUAGGGUCUGGAAACAUAUACAAUCCACUGUCUCCUGACUCACCUAUUCCAGAUUUUAGACUCUUUUACCAAGAACCAGCGUUGAGUACUAGACUAGGUCGGACUUUAUCUUUUGAAUCAGUAACAUCUGAUAUAGAAAGUGUGUCUUUGUCUUCUUUGGUAUUUGCUGAGAGCAGACCAUCAUCUCCAGGUUCAGUUGAUGAAGACCGGCCCCUCUCACCCGAGUCGCCCAUACCUUUGUUUGGACCGGCUUUGCCUGAGUCUUCUGUUUGGACACUUGGAAACCGCUCUUCAUCACCAAUAUCAGUUUGUUCAGACGUAGAAUUUGGGAUGAUACCCUUCUCACAACAGUCUACUGAAUUUAGACCAUCCUCACCUGAUUCAGCAGUUUCUGGAGAUGACUACAGAAGUGACUCACCCAUACCAGAAUUUGCUACAGGAUUAGCUGAAUCAGUACCAUUUAGUUUUCACAGAUCAUCAUCUUCUGAGUCAGUAGUUUCUGAUGUUGAAUACACUCAGUCAAGUGUAGACAUGAGUAUAUGUGAGCAAAGACCUGACUCACCAGAAUCACAAGUUUCAGAGGGUCUAUUGGGUGGUGGUAACCAAACCUCAUCUCUUAAGGCAAUCAGGGUGCCAGUCUACAGACUUGUUUAUGAUGCUGAACUCUGGAGACUAAUUUCUCAGAUCCGUGAUCCUCAAUAUGUUGGGGAGACUUUUUCAAGCAAAACUGGGGUUUUUGAGUAUGCUGGGACAAGAAUUGAGUAUGUUCAUGAAGAUUCAGAUGUGAAAGAGGAGAGGUUAGAGGACAGCAUGAAGGUCAACAAUGCAGAAUACCAACAAGCAAUGCCACAAAAGACCAAGGAAGAACAAACUGUUUCCAUGGAUGGGGAAAGGCAACUAGAGUCAGGUGCAACAUUCAGAACAAAGCAGCUAAUAUGUCAGAUGUAUGAUCCUCAAUAUGUAGGAGAAAGUCUAGAAGAAAAGUCUAAAGAUACAGAGACCAGUAAGGAACAUGUUUUACUUGACUUAGAUGCUGAAGAGACAAGUAGGGCAAUGUCACCUGACUCCGAGGCAGAGUAUAGACCGUUUUCACCUGAAGACUUGAAGGUACUCAGUCUUCUCAGGUCUGAUUCCAUAGAGACAGAGGACUGUGUGUAUGGAAACAGACCUUUAUGUGCAGACUCACCUAUUCCCCAGUUUUCUGUCUCAGUUCCUGAACCUGUAAUACCAUAUCAGAGUACACCUUCCCCUGAACUAGAAUCAGAUUCAGAACCAGAACUUGACCAGUUUGAUGUUGCUAUUUUAACUGAGUCAAGAGUAUCGUCUCCUGGAUCAGAAGCAUCCCUCAGUAAACAUAGACCCCUUUCUCCUGACUCACCAGUGCCUGACUUUAGGGCUGAGCUACAGGACCCUGUUUCUGCAGUUGCAAAUUAUAGAUCAUCCUCACCUGAAUCAGUUACCUCAGAUCUUGAGGAUUCAUCUGUUUUUCUGUCAGACUUUGACAUCCACAAUAGACCAGCCUCUCCUGAUUCAGUGACAUCAGAAAUUGUCACAAGGCCACUCACACCAGACUCAGAGACAGAAUUUAGGCCUAUGUCACCCAAUUCACUUAUGGUAACCUCAAAAAUAAGAGCAUCAUCUCCUGAUUCAACAACAUCAGUAAACAAGUUUAGGACUUUAUCCCCGGAUUCUCCGACACCUCAGUUUGAACAAUUCAUGGAAACGGCUUGGUUUACAUCUGGGAGCAGGUCAUCGUCACCAUUGUUAUCUGAUGCUGAAACUGAUGAACUGGACAUGGAAUCUCUUGAGUUGCAGGGGAGACGUUUUACCCCUGAUUCUGAAACUGAGUUCAGAGCACUGUCACCUGAUUCCCCCUUACCUGACUUCGGACAGGAUUUACUUUACCCAACUAUUUCAACUGCUGGGUGCAUAUCUGUCUCACCUGACUCAGUUUGCUAUUCAGAAAUAGACUACAGAGAUGAGAUAUUUGACUCGGUAACAGAUGAUCAAAGACCUUCAUCCCCAGACUCAGUGGCCUCUGGAGUUGAAUACAGAGCACAGCCACCAGAUUCACCUGUACCGCAAUUUGUUGCAAAAGUAGUGGAACGUUUCCCAUCUUUUGUUGGGUUUAGAUCAUCAUCUCCCAUAUCACCUACGUCAGAUAUUGAGUAUGCGCCUUUGAUUGGUUCCCUGCUCGAAGCUGAAGACAGACCCGAUUCUCCAGAGUCACCAGAACCUGAAACUGAAGAUAGACCUCUGUCACCUGAUUCAGAGUCAGAGUAUAGGCCUCUCUCACCCACAUUACUAGUGUUAAUGUCAAAUUACAGAUCAUCCUCCCCUGAAUCGACUGGCUCUCUAAACCAGUUCAGAACUCUAUCACCAGACUCCCCUAUUCCAGACUUUAGACCUGUACCACAAGAGUCAACAGGCAUUAAUAUGGAAUUAAGAUCCCCUUCACCUGAGUCAGUGUCUUCAGAUUUGGAAGCAGAGUGUGACUCUUGGUCAUCCAUGACAAAGGGCCGACCCUCUUCUCCUGGGUCUUUAGCAUCUGAAAGACUGUCCCCUGAUUCCCCUUUGCCUGACUUCAGACAGGGUUUGCAAGAAACUUGUACAGAGUUUUAUGCAUAUAGGUCAUAUACACCUGACUCAGAGGUUUCAGAAACAGAGUAUGCACCUCUAAUUUCACAAAUAUUUGACUUUGAGGAGAGAGCAGAAUCCCCUCUAUCAGGGGCGUCUCACACAGAUCUCAGAUGUUUGUCUCCUGACUCUCCACUGCCUGAUUAUUCAAUGAAUUUACUGGCUACAGUAGAGGUGAAAAACAGAUCCACAUCACCUGUAUCAGAGUACCUGGAUGAGGAUUUGGAGACAGAUUUGUGUUUCCCUUGGCUUUUUGAAGACAGAGCAGCAUCUCCUGGUUCAGCUGUAAGUGAUGAAGAACUUCGACCUCUUUCUCCUGACUCACCCAUUCCUGAAUUUAAUCAGGCACAAUCCACCAUUCCUGAUUUUGGCUUUAGGUCUUCCUCCCCUGACUCAGUUCUGUCAGAUUUGGAUUUUGAACUUGAAUUGUGUUGUCAAACAGUAACAGAAGACCGCCCCUCCUCUCCAGAGUCUACAGCAUCUCUGAAUACUUGCAGACUUUCUCCUGAUUCCCCCAUACCAGACUUUAGACAAGCUUUGCUGGAGAUAAAUCCACAGUUUGGUGCCUACAGGCCAGUGUCUCCUGCAUCAAGGGCUCCAGAGACUGAAUAUGAGCCUAUUAAUCUUUUGACUUUUGAUUUUGAGGAAAGAUCAGAAUCCUGUCUAUCAUGGGUGUCUGAUUCAAACCUUGGAUCUUUGUCUCCUGACUCACCUUUGCCCCAGUAUACUAUGACUGUACCUACCACUGUUUUAGGAAGAUACAGAUCCACAUCACCUGCAUCAGAGUACGUGGAUGAGGAUUUGGAGACAGAUUUGUGUUUCCCCUGGUUUCUUGAAGACAGAGCGGAAUCUCCUGGUUCAGUUGUAUCAAAUGAAGAACUUAGACCUCUUUCUCCUGACUCACCCAUUCCUGAAUUUACGCAGCCAUUGCUCAGGUCAGCUAUUUCUCAUUCAGACUACAGGUCAUCCUCACCUGACUCUGUUUUGUCAGAUAUAGAUGUGGAACUUGAGUUUUCUAUCCCAGUAGUUUUAGAAGACCGGCCCUCUUCUCCUGAGUCUUUGACAUCUCUGAGUAAAUACAGACUUUCUCCGGACUCACCUGUGCCUGACUACUCCACCUUUGAUCUACCAGCUAUAUUGGGGCUAAGAUACAGAUCUACAUCACCUGCAUCAGAGUACGUGGAUGAAGAUUUGGAGACAGAUUUGUGUUUCCCCUGGCUUUUUGAAGACAGAGCAGCAUCUCCUGGUUCAGCUGUAUCCAAUGAAGCUCUUAGACAUCUUUCCCCAGACUCACCUAUACCAGAAUUCACAAACACACUACAUGUUUCAACUAUUGCUUACAUGCACUCAAGGUCCACCUCACCUGAGUCAGUGCUGUCAGAUUUGGGAAUUGAUUCACAUUUUCCAAUGAUCUUGGAAAGCAGACCAUCAUCUCCUGAAUCGCUGGCAUCCUCAAGACUUUCCCCUGAUUCCCCUAUACCAGACUUCUUUCAAACAAGUUUUGAGAUGCCUCCACCUGUUUUUGGAUGUAGGUCAGUAUCACCAGAGUCUGCAUGUUCAGAUGAAGAAUGCAUUGUCCUUAGUUUAAGUUCAUUAAGUCAUGACCAUAGAGUCUCUUCACCUGGCUCAGGAGCAUCUAAAGAUGAGUACCGGGCUCUGUCACCAGACUCCCCUAUACCUGAUUUCACACCUAGAAAUGUCAUAGUGAAUCAUUGGUUCAGAUCCUUAUCUCCUGAAUCAAUUGAGUCUGACAUUGAGUAUGCUUUGAGUGAGUUACUAGUGUCCAUGAGUUAUGAUGGUGACAAAAGACCAGAUUCUCCUGAAUCUGUUGCAUCAGAGAUACAAGACAGGCCACCAUCAGCUGAAUCCCUACCAGAAUACAAACCAUUGUCGCCUACAGCAUUGAUGCAGCUUGAUGAUAUCAGAUCAACAUCUCCAGAAUCUUCUCAAUCACUUGAUGAACACAGGAUGCUGUCUCCAGACUCACCUCUGCCUUGGUUUGCACAAAAUAUUCUUCAAACUACAACAUUUGAAAUGCACAAUGCAUGUUCAUCCCCGGAAUCAAUUAUUUCAGAUGCGGAAGAUUAUCUGGCUUUACAUGGCGUUGAUGUUACUGACUUGAGACCACUAUCACCUCAAUCAGAUAGAUCAGAUGAUCAAUGUAAAUCCUCAGAGUCGCCAAUACCUGAUUUUACAAGGAUAUUUGUGGAAAAUGUAAUAGCUCUGAGAGAUUUAUCCCCAACUGAAUACUCAGAUUCUGACGAUAUGUCCCAAGCUUUAGACCCAUUUUGUCCAGAGGACAGGCCAGUAUCACCAAAGUCUGUGGAAUCAGACGAGGAGACUUUACAGUUGGUGUCCAAUUUGUCAAUGAAUGAAUCAACAGUACCUACUCUAAAUGAAGCAAAUAGUGAUAGUGCAGUUUCAUCCGCAGCAGUGGCAUCUUCAUCACUAGAGGAAACAGUCAUCAUGGUAGCCGAGUAUAAUCUUAUUUAUGAUGCAGAGCUCUGGAAGCUAGUUUCUAAAGUACACGAUCCUCAGUAUGCAGGGGAAACAUUCAGCAGUAAGACAGGAUUUAUGCAGUUUAUUGGCAGCAGGAUAGAUAAUGUCCAAGAUGAUGAAACAAAUAUUGAAUUUAAAGAUUCAAGUUUGCAAGAUACCCAUGCCACAAAAACAUCCUCAGAGGUGACAUAUCUAUUAAACAAAACCGACACAGAAACAGAUGAAUUCUCAUCCAACAAACAGGUUCCAGAGUCACCUCCACCCAUGGUUGAACACAUUUCAUCAUCUAGAGGGGCUCUGUACAGACUGGCUGAGCAUACAUUUGAAAAACCAGACAGUGGAGUUCAGACAAAAUCUGGUGGCGAUCUGGUUGUUGUAUCAGUUUCUGAUGCAUUUGAUGAUGUGUGCUAUUCACCAGACUCUUUGUCAGAGUAUAGACCCAUGUCCCCAGGUUUAGUUAUGCUUUCAGAGGUAAGAGCAUCAUCUCCUGAGUCUGUAACAUCAAUCAAUGAGCUAAGGAAACUCUCUCCUGAUUCCCCCUUACCUCAGUUUACAACAUUACCAGAAAGCGUAGCAUUCCUGAGAUCAACCUCAUCUUCUCCUGCGUCUUUAGCAUCAGAUAUAGAUUAUAUGCCAGAUGUAGAUUACAAUACAUUAGGACAUUUGGAAUCUUAUGACAGAGCAUCAUCUCCUGAAUCUGCAAGGUCAGUCAAUGAGCAAAGGCAACUCUCACCAGAUUCCCCCUUGCCUCAGUUUACAACAGCAUUACCAGAAUGUGUAAUGUAUCGAAGAUCAACCUCAUCUUCUCCUGCAUCUUUAGCAUCAGACCUGGAUUAUAUGCCUGAUACAGACCACAUGGCUUUAGGACAUUUGGAAUUUCACGACAGAGCAUCUUCUCCUGAAUCCAUAACGUCAGUCAAUGAGCUUAGACAACUUUCACUAGAUUCCCCCUUACCUCAGUUUACAACAGCAUUACCAGAAUGCGUAACAUUUCUAAGAUCAUAUUCAUCUUCACCUGCAACUUUAGCAUCAGACAUAGAUUACAUGCCUGAUAUAGAGUGUACCACAUUAGAAAAUUUGGAAUCUCACAGAAGAGCCUCAUCUCCAGAAUCUAUGCCUGAAUACAAUGAGAAGAGGUCAUUGUCUCCAGACUCUCCAAUCCCUCAGUUCCCAGUAUUCGUGGGUGAGUGCGCCACCACACAUAGGUCAUCAUCUCCUGAAUCGUUGGAUUCAGAUUCAGAGUGUGAGCUCAUGGUCACAUCAUCCAGAGUUGCUGAGACUGACAGACCAUCCUCACCUGAGUCCAUAUCAUCCAUCAAUGAGUUCAGACAGCUGCUGCCUGACUCUCCUGUACCCCAGUUUAUGAGAAUAUUGUCCUCAUAUUUUAUGGAUGCUACCUAUGUAGACAGAUCAUCCUCACCUGUGUCUUUUUCAUCAGACUGUGAGUUUGUUGCAUUACCCAUUGAUUGUUGGAUUGAUGACAGCCCAAGGCCGCUGAGCCCUCACAGUGUUGAUUCAGAUGAUGAAGUAGGCUUUUGUUGUGAGACGGUUGACAAGUUUGUCUCUAAACCAGAACUUUUGAGUCAUGUGACACCACCUUUAUUACCUGAUCAGCUUUCAUCAGAGUCAAUGGCUGUGACACCAGCAUUAAUUGAGAGUGGCGGGACUAAUUUGAAAGAUGUUGAUCCUGACUUGCAAGACAUGCCCAGAUCUCAACCGGAAGGUUUGUUGUUCGAUGAGCCAAUACACCAUGGCUUAGAAGUAGAAAGUAAUGAGAAAGACCUUCCUGUGAAGGUAUCAUUAAUUCAAGAUGUUAAAAGAAAGGAAGAGAAGAUCUGUCUCACAGUUGUUGGCGAAAUCAAGACAACAGCAGACCCACAAAGGGUAAGACUGAGAGCAUGA